CAAAUAUCUAGGGCUCGUUUUCGCGGGCGAGAAACGGAAGUUCGAUGAAUUUCAUACUCCUGACCCUCUUGACGGAGCCCGCGGAGAAGAUUUCCAAAGCUAGGGAGAGAGAGUCCAAGGCGGAGAACGUAUUUGACCUGUUCUCUCUUUCUCUUUCUUCAUUCCCCUUUUCUCCACCAUAAAACCCUCCGCUUUCUUCGAUCUCUCUCACCCUUUUGUUUUUUCUUCUCAUCUUUUCCUUUCCUUCGCUUUUCUCGCUCGAUCCUUUGAUUCCAUCACCUCUUGUUAAAGCAUUUCCAGCUAAGCUUUUCUCUUCUAUUCUUUAAGAUUCUCCUGGAAAUGGAGCGAGAUAACCAAGUUCCCAAGAAUCGCUCUCUUUCUAAUGGAGUAGGAAGAUAUGACGCUGAACAUGUUUCCGUCGGCAAUCGGGGUUUGUGGAACGGGAUUCCUGCGGAGAAAGAGGUUUGCGUCGUUGAUCGAAAAGGAGGCAGAGAAAAUGGAGAAAGAGACGUUGAAGUAGAUGGCAAUCUGACAGAAAUCCAGAUUGGAGAUGAUGAAGGGGACGCUGUUGAGCCUAACGGAAUCUCGACCGAAAGUGAUGACUCUGAUAGCGGAAAGAUCGCCGUUGAUCGGGAUGCUGUUAAGCCUAACGGGAUCCCGACCGAAAGUGACGACUCUGAGAGCGGAAAGAUCGCCGUUGAUCGGGAUGCUGUGAAGCAUAACGGAAUCCCGACCGAAAGCGAUGACUCUGAUAGUGGAAAGAGCGCUGUUGAUCCGCCGAUCAACGGCGAUCAUCAGUUUCUUCGCCCUCCUUCUCACCUCCCGCAACCCGAAGCUCCUCCCGGCCUCGAUAAAUCCGCAUCCAACGGCGAGGAUCACCGCGCGAUCGGACGAUCCCUCUCGGAGAGCUCCCCAACCGUUGAUCUGCCCUCGUUCGGGAAAUUCCUCCGCGACCGCAGCAACAACCUCUCGGCCUCCAUCACCAAACGCAUCUCAUCUCUCAAAGAAUUCAACGGCAACGAUCACAAGGUGACGGAGAUCCAUCUCCCGGGCCUGAAGGUCAUCGUCCAACUGAAGAAGGACGGGAAUCGGGACCUCGAUCUGAAGGGCCGGGUCAGCUUCUUCUCCCGAUCGAACUGCAGAGACUGCACAGCCGUCCGAUCGUUCUUCCGAGAGAAGGGAUUGAAGUUCGUGGAGAUCAACGUCGACGUCUAUCCGCAGCGGGAGAAGGAGCUGAUCCAACGGUCAGGAAGCGCGUCCGUACCGCAGAUCUUCUUUAACGAGAAACUGCUUGGGGGUUUGGUGGUGUUGAACUCGCUGAGGAAUAGCGGGGAGUUGGAGAAGAGAAUGAGGGAAAUGAUGGGAAGGAAGUGUCCUGAGAGUGCGCCGCAUGCACCGGUUUAUGGGUUUGAUGACGUGGAGGAUGAACCGACGGACGAGAUGAUUGGGAUCAUCAGGACCCUGAGGCAGAAGCUGCCGAUCCAGGACCGUCUGACGAAGAUGAAGAUCGUGAAGAACUGCUUUGCGGGGAGCGAGAUGGUGGAGGUCAUCAUCCAGCAAUUGGACUGCGGGAGAAAGAAGGCCGUUGAAGUCGGGAAGGUACUUGCCAGGAAGCAUUUCAUUCAUCACGUGUUCGGGGAAAAUGAUUUUGAAGAUGGCAACCAUUUCUACCGUUUCCUUGAGCACGACCCUACCAUCCCCAGAUGCUUCAAUUUCCGAGGAUCAACCAAUGACAGCGAGCCGAAGCCUGCAGCAGUAAUUGGGCAAAAGCUCACCAAGAUAAUGUCUGCCAUACUUGAAGCUUAUGCCUCUGACGAUCGGUGCCAUUUAGAUUACAACCGUAUCAGCAAUAGUGAAGAAUUUCGCAGAUACGUGAAUCUGAUUCAAGACCUGCAACGCGUGAAUGUAUUAGCUCUAUCAGCAGAUGAGAAGGUGGCCUUCUUCAUGAACUUGUACAAUGCCAUGGUAAUCCAUGCAGUGAUAAGGAUAGGGCGCCCGGAGGGUGUGAUCGAUAGGAGAACCUUCUAUGGAGACUUCCACUAUAUCAUUGGAGGCUUCCCCUAUUCCCUCACUGCUAUAAAGAAUGGUAUCCUCAGAUGCAACCGGCGGCAGCCUUAUUCCUUGGUUAGACCCUUCAGCAACAGCGACAAGCGCUUAGAGGUGGCUCUUCCAAAGGUUAACCCAUUGAUCCAUUUCGGACUGUGCAAUGGGACAAGGUCGAGCCCCACGGUGCGGUUUUUCUCUGCACAAGGGCUAGAAGCAGAACUAAGAUUUGCCGCGAGAGAGUUCUUCCUUGGGAAUGGAAUAGAGGUGGACUUGGAGAAGAGGACUGUACAUCUCACUCGAAUCACCAAGUGGUAUAGCAUCGAUUUCGGACAAGAAAAGGAGAUCCUAAAAUGGCUCCUAAACUACUUGGAUGCAACAAAAGCAGGUCUCUUGACAUAUCUUUUGAACGAUGGAGGCCCUGUUAACAUUGUCUACCAGAAUUAUGAUUGGUCUUUGAACUCCGCCUAAGUAUUAUGAUUAUAUUCAUUUGGUGUCACAAUUAUGAACUUUUCAUGGCACGCACAUUGUGAAAGAAAAAUACAAUAUAUGAAAGAAAAAGGCACAACAGAAAAUCUGAGGGAGUUGCAAUGUCUCAAUACCUUGAUAUUGAAAUAGUGGAGAGAUUUAUAGUGAGAGAUAUGUACAUAAUACUAUAAAUUUUGAAGUUGUGUUUUUUUUUUUUUUCCACCCAUUAAUGGGAUCAUCAAAAGAGAAAAUAGAUGUGUAUUGAUUGUAUUGUAUACAAUGAAUUUGCCAAUGGCAUGUGCUUCUAUCUAAUCUAAGAAAUCAAGAUAUGUUUUUUUGGUCUUCA